CUUAGAUUGGAAUUAUUCUUGCUUCCGCUGUACACUUGUCAGUUUUUUUGCUUCAUUCAAAGGUUCUGUACCAGUAGCAGAGAUCGAUAGUGAGAGAGAGAGAGAGCUCAGUGAUUGCUCUGAAUCAGCUUGUGGGCCGGACAAUUUCACAUGGGACCCGUUUUCCUCCAAAUCGGACCCCCGGCUUUCGUUUCAACAGAACAGUAAUCAGCAAGCAGCAAGCACAUCUCGCACUCUCUCUCCUCAUCUUUCUUCUUUCUCUGCUUCCAUGUGCCACACAUUCUCUCACUCUCUGCGUUCUUCUUGUUCUUCUUCCUUUGCCGUUGCCGCCAGCAAUGCCUGGACUGUGGAUCAGCCGCCUCUAACUGCAUUACACCCACUUUAAAACCCGGAUCUUCCUCUGUUUUCUUUCGAAAGGAACCGAAUGGAUCCCAGAACUGUGCUUGAUCACGCUCUGUUCCAACUCACACCAACCAGAACCAGAUGUGAUUUGGUGAUAUUUGCUGUCGCCGGCGGUGGCGGGAGUGAGAAAUUGGCAUCUGGGCUAUUGGAGCCAUUCGUCUGUCAUUUGAAAACGGCCAGAGACCAGAUUUCUAAAGGAGGCUACUCCGUUAUUCUCCGUCCUUCAUUUUCCCCUAAUUCGUCCUGGUUCACUAAGGCCACUCUUCAGCGAUUCGUUCGCUUUGUGAACACCCCAGAAGUUCUUGAGAGAUUCGUGACUAUUGAGAGGGAGCUUGACCAGAUUGAGAGUUCAGUUCAGUCCAAUGAGCUCUCCAAUGUUGAUGCAGAUGGAAAUUACAAGCCAACUGCCUCGUCUAAGAAUGGAGCUAGUGAUGCUGCAUCAGAGGAAAAUUCAAAGGUUCAUCUUCAGCGUGCUUUGGAAUCUAGGAAAUCUAUCCUACGCAAAGAGCAAGCAAUGGCCUAUGCUCGUGCUUUGGUCACAGGCUUCGAGCCUGACUGUAUUUAUGAUCUUAUAUCUUUUGCUGAUGCUUUUGGAGCUUCACGGUUAAGGGAAGCAUGCAUAAACUUCAUGGAGUUAUGCAAGAAGAAGAAUCAAGAUCGACUUUGGAUGGACGAAGUUGUGGCAAUGCAAGCCGCUCAGAUGGACUUGCCUUCUCUAAGAAGUUCCGGAAUUAUACUUGCAGGAGAGGAAAGUUACCCUGCCGGCCAGUUAUCUGGUGGGAGAUUCAAUGGCUCAAAUGAUGCAUCUGAGACAGCAACUAGUCUCGGAAGUGUUGAUCUCAGCCAAGAUAGUGGUUUGCCACCAUCAGCUGAUGGCAGGGGUCAAGUGCCAGUGCAUUGGGCAAAUCAUCAUCCUCACUACAUGCACAAUUUUCAAGGGCCAGUUUACCAGCAGAUGGGCCCAUAUCAAGGCUACGGUUUCCCUGGUGCACAGUUUCCAUCUCCAUAUUUUCCGGGGAACAUGCAGUGGCCUCCAACUGGAGAUGACUCCAACUUUUCAUCUUCGAGGAACAGAAAUAAGUCUUCUUCACACGCAGAUUCAAACCGAGAAGAUGAUUCCCCUGGAACUGGUUCUAGCUCGGACAACAAUUCAGAUGACAACGAGCACAAUGGUAGACAGCUGUCCUCGGAGGAGAAUGUCCGGAGAAAGAAGCAUGGCAAGAAGAAGUCUUCAAGAAGAACAGUUGUCAUCCGUAACAUUAACUACAUUACUUCCAAGAGAGAUGGGGAAAAGGGUACUGGGGAAACAUCUGAUGAUGAAGAUGAUGAGUUCAUUGAUGGAGAAGCUCUGAAGCAGCAGGUGGAAGAUGCUGUAGGUUCUUUGGAGAGACGGAGUAAGUCAACUUCUUACCGUCGUCAUAAGAAAUCACAUAACAAUAAUGCCUCUGACCAAGAAAACGCCAACAUGAAUGCGAAGAAUCUAGAUGGGCAAGGAAAGGACCAGUGGGGUGCCUUCCAAAGCCUUCUCUUGAAGGACAAUGAUGCAGACUCAUCAGAAUUUAAAAUGGAAUCUGAGAAUGCAAGGAAGCAGGAAAUGCUGGCAGAUGAUUCCUUCAUUGUUAGGAACCGGGAUACUGCAAGGGAUGUUCAAUCUCAGAUCCAGAACUUUGAAGGUGGUACAAAUGGCCAUGGCUUAUUGCUCAAGAAGGGAGAUGACUCGUAUGAUGAGCUGUUAUUUUCUCAAAAAAGUGAUAAAUCAGAGAAUAUCCACUUGCAAGCUGCGGUUUCUGAUUACUCUUCCGAAUCGCGAUUAAUCAAAGUUCAGAAAGAAGGAGAUUGGUUUGCUGGAAACCAGAUGGACACGGUCAACAAGAACGCCAGUGGGGACAUCAACCUGUUUGAUGGUGAUCAUAUUCGAGUUGAGAAAAACAGUAACAAGGAUGUUAUGGCUGAUGAUUCAUUCAUGAUCCAAGCCCGAUCAUUUGGAAAUGAAGCUUCGGAUUCUGUAUUAAGAACCGACAUAAGCAUGGUGGGAGAUGUGGCGGAAGUUGCUCAAUGUGGUAAUGGUACUCUAGAAAAAGCUGAAGGAUUUGGUAAUUCCUGUGAGCCAGAUGACCUUUUUAUGGUGCUUGGGCGUGAUUCGGCAGCUGAUCAGCAUAAUAUCCCUUCUUGGACCCCAGAGAUAGAUUAUGAAAACGACAUUUUAUCUGCUGAAGCCUACAGAAAGAGCUCUCCUGUGGAGAAAAGUGCUACUGAGGAUGAAGUUGUUGCUGUCAGUAAGAAGACUAAUGGUAAGUCAAAAGUUGGCAGUGGACCUCUUGGCAGAAGCAAAUCGGAAAUUCCAUCGAGGACUAAGAAACCACCUCUUGGAAGCAGAACAACUAUUCCAAAGAGUAAAUCCGAGAGGGAAGAAGAGAGUAGGAAAAGAGCGGAGGCAUUAAAGCUCGAACGUCAGAAGAGAAUUGCAGCGAGGAGUUCUGGCAGCCGUAAUAGUCCACUGACAGCAUCUAGGAGAAACUCGACUGGAACAUUAAAAGAAGGGAAGCCCAAAAUACAGUCUCCAGGUUCAAGCCAAGACGGUAAGAAGUCGGUUUUCAGAAGUUCUACAAUUGAUCGCCUUGCUGCUGCUCGGACAACACCAAAGGUGGAAUCGACAACUCAAUCGAAACCGAAAAGUGCAAUGUCGAAAGCAAAUGGCCUUCAGCAGAAGGGUUCUGCUAGAGAUGAUAAUAAUAAGAAGCCCAGUGCAAAACCUGCGAAAUCUGAUGUCACACAAAAGAAGAACACUGCACAGAAAACCGAAUCAUUAAUUGCUGCACAAGAUACUCCACCUUCUAAUGACACUGCUGCCUUGAGGGAGAUCAAGGAGUUGGAAAGAUUACCGGAAGAGAAAAAUGAAGGAAGUACUAUGAGUUUAAGUAAUGGAAUGGAGGGAAAAGGAUGCAAUGAUGCUACUAUUCUAAUUGAACCUUCUGCAGAAACAAUUCCCUUGAAGGGUGACAGUCCAGCAACCUCAGCUCUUGCCAAAGGUGGAGAGGCUUCUUCCUUCGAGCUUAUGGAGGAUAUUUCUGGAGUCAUGAUACAUCCUACGCCAGAGUCACCAGAUAAACAGCUGAACCAGUAUGCUGUUAAUAUAGAAGAGGAUGAGAAGAGAAAUGUGCAUCUAGCUUUGCCACAGCUCUCCGAGAUAGAGAUAUCCACUCCCGCGCCUAGUGAAGUAAACCCAGAACCAACUCACACAAGAAAGAAAUGGAACAGUGGUGAAACCUCUCCGAAAGGCGCAAAAGGGUUCCGAAAGCUCCUCUUUUUCGCAAAGAAAGGGUAGAACUAUUACAAGGAUCGAUCAAGGCGAAAACUCAGUUGCGGAGGAUCUUGAUAAAAUCCAGGUAAUAUCCUCUCCAAUCCACCAAAUGAGAAGAGCAAAGGAAGUAAAACUACACGGUAAAUAGAAGAGUGAGUGAUAG